GCCUUCACGUCCAGCCCCGGCCGGGACCUGCCCCCCUUCGAGGAUGAGUCCGAAGGGCUCCUGGGGACCGAGGGGCUCCCCGCAGAUGAGGAAGAAGGGGAAGAGCUCAUCGGGGAGGGGAUGGAAAGGGACUACCGCCCCAUCCCGGAGCUGGACGUCUACGAAGCAGAGGGCCUGGCCUUGGACGAUGAGGAUGUGGAGGAGCUGACUGCCAGCCAGCGGGAAGCCGCCGAGCGAGUAAUGAGGCAGCGAGACCGCGAGCUGGAGCAGGGCAUGGGCCGCAUGAGGAGGGGGCUGCUCUACGAUAGUGACGAUGAAGACGAAGACCGUCCUUCACGGAAGAGGCGGCUGGCAGAACGGGCAGCUGAUGGCAUGGCAGAGGAGGAUGAAGACAUGAUUGAGAGCAUUGAGAAUCUGGAAGACAUGAAAGGGCAUUCGGUGAGGGAGUGGGUGUCCAUGGCAGCUCCCCGGCUGGAGAUCUACCACCGCUUCAAGAACUUCUUGAAGACCCAUGUGGAUGACCAUGGGCACAAUGUCUUCAAGGAGAGGAUCAGCGACAUGUGCAAAGAGAACAGAGAGAGCCUGGUGGUGAACUACGAGGAUCUGGCAGCCCAAGAACACGUCCUUGCCUACUUUCUGCCUGAGGCCCCAGUAGAAAUGCUGAAGAUCUUUGAUGAAGCAGCCAAGGAAGUGGUGUUGGCCAUGUACCCCAAAUAUGAUCGUAUCGCUCAGGAGAUCCAUGUCCGUAUCUCCCACCUCCCGCUGGUGGAAGAGCUGCGGUCGCUCAGGCAACUGCACUUGAACCAGUUGAUCCGGACCAGCGGAGUGGUGACGAGUUGCACAGGGGUCCUGCCUCAGCUCAGCAUGGUCAAAUACAACUGCAGCAAGUGCAACUUCAUCCUGGGACCCUUCUUCCAGUCUCAGAACCAAGAGGUGAAACCUGGCUCCUGUCCAGAGUGUCAGUCUCUUGGCCCCUUUGAAAUCAACAUGGAAGAGACGGUCUAUCAGAACUACCAGCGCAUCAAGAUCCAGGAGAGCCCUGGGAAGGUGGCUGCUGGCAGGCUGCCCCGCUCCAAGGAUGCCAUUCUCCUUGCCGAUCUGGUUGAUAGCUGCAAGCCCGGGGAUGAGAUUGAGCUGACAGGGAUCUACCACAACAACUACGACGGCUCCUUGAACACUGCCAACGGGUUCCCAGUGUUCGCGACUGUGAUCCUGGCCAACCACAUCACCAAGAAGGACAACAAGCUGGCUGUUGGGGAACUGACUGAUGAAGACGUGAAAGUGAUUGUGGGUCUGUCCAAGGAUGAGCAGAUUGGGGAGAAGAUUUUUGCCAGCAUUGCCCCAUCUAUUUAUGGGCAUGAAGAUAUCAAGAGGGGCUUGGCUUUAGCUCUCUUCGGUGGAGAGCCCAAAAACCCAGGCGGCAAACACAAAGUCCGUGGUGACAUCAACGUGCUUCUGUGCGGAGACCCUGGUACUGCGAAAUCGCAGUUUCUUAAAUACAUAGAGAAGGCGUCCAGCAGAGCGAUCUUCACCACUGGGCAGGGUGCCUCUGCUGUGGGUCUCACAGCCUACGUCCAGAGACACCCGGUCAGCAAGGAGUGGACGCUGGAGGCAGGAGCCCUGGUGCUGGCUGACAGAGGCGUCUGCCUGAUCGAUGAGUUUGACAAGAUGAAUGAUCAGGACAGAACCAGCAUCCACGAAGCCAUGGAGCAGCAGAGCAUUUCCAUCUCCAAAGCAGGCAUCGUCACAUCCCUGCAAGCCCGCUGCACCGUUAUUGCUGCUGCUAAUCCCAUAGGUGGGCGAUAUGACCCAUCACUGACUUUCUCGGAGAACGUAGACCUGACAGAGCCCAUCAUCUCUCGAUUCGAUAUCCUGUGCGUGGUGAGGGACACUGUGGACCCUGUGCAGGAUGAAAUGCUUGCCCGGUUUGUUGUUGGCAGCCACGUCAAGCACCACCCAGCUAACAAGGAGGCAGUGAACGGUGAUGCCAACGAGGUCAUUCUUCCCAACACAUACGGGGUUGAACCCCUUCCCCAGGAGAUCCUGAGGAAAUACAUCAUCUAUGCCAAAGAGAAGGUCCACCCCAAGCUCAACCAGAUGGACCAGGACAAGGUGGCUCGGAUGUACACUGACCUCAGGAAGGAGUCUAUGGCAACUGGCAGCAUCCCCAUCACGGUGCGUCACAUCGAGUCCAUGAUCCGGAUGGCCGAGGCUCACGCCCGCAUGCACCUGCGGGACUACGUGGUGGAGGAUGAUGUCAACAUGGCCAUCCGGGUGAUGCUGGAGAGCUUCAUCGACACGCAGAAGUUCAGUGUCAUGCGGAGCAUGCGCAAGACCUUCUCCCGCUACCUUUCAUUCAAGCGAGACAACAAUGAGCUGCUGCUGUUCAUCCUGAAGCAGCUGGUCGCAGAGCAGGUGAUGUACCAGAGGAACCGCUACGGGGCCCAGCAAGACACCAUAGAAGUCCCAGAGAAGGACCUGGUGGAUAAGGCUCGACAGAUCAACAUCCACAACCUUUCUGCCUUCUACGACAGCGAGGUGUUCAGGAUGAACAGGUUCAGCCGGGAUGUGAAGCGGAAGCUGAUUGUCCAGCAGUUCUGAGGCUGGCAGCCGAAUCCACCGCACGCUCCUGUGAGAUGAGACCUCUAUCUUGCAGCCCUCCCAGGAACGCUGCAGAGAUCAUGAUCCAGAGGGACUAAGCUGCACAUUCUCCCGCUUGCUUUGUGCCUUACGGAUUAAGGGAGUGCUGAGCUGCUGAAGACCUUGUAAAUAGACCAGAGUUAAGUAGUUAAAUGCCCAGCCAAGUCUGUUUAGCAACUUGGUUCACUGUUUUGCCUUGUAGCUAAGCACAACAGGGAGAGAUUGCUGGCCACAUAGAUGGCAUGUUUGCUAUUUGUUUGUCAGUAGUUGUUACGGGCUCAUCUGCAGGAGGGA